CUUUUUAAAUUUACAUCUUGUACACUUUCGGUACAUCAGUAGCGCACUCAGGCCUUUCCAAGAUGUCAUCUACCAAUCAAAAACCUCUAUCAGCAUUCGUCUCCUUCCCAUCGCCAUACACUCAGUCACUCUUGGUUCAAGCGCUGGUCUCCACUCUUCCUGCUUUGUCGCUUUCUCUGGUGCAGUUCCCCGAAGAUCAGCCUCCAGCUUUACAAUGGGCCGAUUAUGACCUCAUGUCAUUCGACAUCCCUCACAAAAGCCCUUCCAAGUAUCUCAUCUCCUCAUACAUAUAUCGCAAAGCCCUUACCCGAAAACAUCAACUUCACAACACCAUCAUCGCAUACCUCGCAAAAUGCUCUCACCGAAAGAUUCCUUCCAUCCUCUCCCCUUUACCGGAAGGGCCUGUUGGAAAUGGGGAUGGGACAGAUGUGCUAGGUGGAGGUGCGCCGAAAGGAUGGAUAGUGGAUUUGCAAUUCGCGGAUGAGCUGGAUGAGGCGUUAAUGGAUGAUUUGUAUGAACUUGAAGCGGGGAUGAGGGAGAAUGAGGGGAAAGAAGAGGGAGAGAGGAGAUGGUGGAUUUUGAAGCCUGGAUUUGCCGACAGAGCGCAGGGAAUUAGGAUGUUUUCCACUGAAGAGGAACUACGAGCAAUCUUUGAAGAGUUCGAGCCGUCAUCUUCGGACGAGGAGGAUGACGAUGAAGACAAAGAAGAAGAAGAUGAUGAGCAAGAAAGCGAAGAGGCCCGGCAGAUGGCCAAAGGCGGGGUGGACGGAAUGAUAGACAUGUUAGCGAAAAAGGCUGUCGAGCUUGGCUUCAGCGGAGAAGAUGAUCAAGACUCGAAUGAAAAAGAGGAUGAGGAUGGAGAGGGAGGUACGGGUGUCAUGACUUCCCAGCUGCGACACUUUGUCAUCCAAGAAUACAUCCCUAAGCCCAUCCUUUUUGACAUUUUCAAUAUACCUGAAGAACCAUCGUCAUCGUUAGAAGGUUACAAAUUCCAUCUCCGAGCGUACGUCCUCAUCACCGGCGCGUAUACUGUCCACCUUGCUCGGACCAUGCUAGCCCUUUUCUCCGGAUCACCUUAUACCCCGCCCAAACCAACGGAAGAUGGCCAGUUGGACCUCAGACCGCAUUUGACCAACACAUGUCUCCAGACGGAUGCGUACGGCGCUCCUACUCCUCCUGAGGAGCUCGUCAAGCUUUUCUGGGAACUGGAGGGUAUUUCUGCCUUGAACUGUUCAUCCUCACCAUCAUCCGAUGGCAAGUAUUCUUAUAUACCACGAGGAGAGGUCACGAAGGAAUGGUUGGACAAAACAUUUGCAAAGGUCGGAGAUGUUGUAGCCGAGACUGUCAAGGCUGGUGCUGAAUGCGGAAGCUUUGGGUUGCAAUUCAUGCCCAAUGCCUUUGAGAUCUUUGGUGUCGAUCUUAUCCUUUCUUUCCCGCCAUCAUCGUCCAAGUCCACGUCUUUGCCUAUACCAACGGUUACUCUUCUCGAAUUCAACGCUUCUCCCGACUUCCACCAAAGCGGUGACCGUCUCCGAUCCGAAUUGCUUCAUAUGUUUAAGGGUGUUAUCCGUCUAAGUGUGGCACCGUUUUUCGGUCUUGAGACUGCUGAGGACGAUGAGAAGAACGAAGAAGAGAUGCAACUUGGAGAGGACCGAUGGGGAUGGCGACUGGUCGGAAAGGGAGAGGUUAGAGGGUCAGAGUGGUAAUAUGAGUAGAUCUAGACUUUGGCGGGGCAUUUUGUACCAUAGAUGCAAC